AUGCCCCGAGAUCGCCCUUCGGAGAAAUUCACUUACCAUCCGUUGUCAACCAGUAACACUUUCACGCGUGACAUUUCCCGCCCUCUGCCUCCGAACGACCCUCCCACUUCCCUAGCGCGCAGUUGUCUCGCCCAGGACACUCCACCAACUAAUCAGAAGGCGGGAAGUACCACUGUCACGCAGUCAACCUCCAGUGAACGCACGGAGUCUGACUCCAACCCCAGGGUUCCCUCAUCGUCUGCUCCACUUCAAGCCUCCCUCUCCACUGUUGUUGUGUUUCCCCUUCACCGGCGUGUGGAUGCGGGAGAGGAGGAGAAGGCCUCCCUAAUGGGGACUUGGAGUGAGCCGAAUAAGACUGCUGUCCGAAUCCUGCGCACCGAGCAGCCCUUCCGGGCAAAUAUCUCCACCGGGCGAGCACGCGGGUUUUCGCCAUUGACAGUGCCUCAGGAACAUCCGGUCUCGGGUUCUCACCAAAACCUGACCAGCAAACAACGUAAUAUAACCACCCUGAACGGCAGCAACAUUGCUGACGACCGCGGUGUCAUUGGACGCACUCGAUAUCGAAUCACAUCCGCCUCUUCUGUCAGCACCACCAGUUUGGUUGAGAGUAGCACCGCUGCCCCGGCAGCCACCACCUCUCGGCAGCUGGCUCAGCUACAAGAAUACUCUCGACGUAUCGCCAAAAUCACGAGAUCGCAUGAGGCACGUUUCUCUUCAUCCUCCGCGGAGAGCCAGGAGCGCCGUCGAUACACCGGUCUGCCAGUCGGCAGUCGGAUACACACCGAUAGCGGUCAUGCGAGCUCGCCGACCACCACCACUACAACGACCACGGACGCGUCUUCUGUCCUCUCAGCCAUGGACCGAUCAGAUCAGCUGUUGCUGAAUCAGCGCCAGCAGGCUUUGAGGAAUCUCAGCCUGGCCGAUAUACUUCAUCCCAGGCAACAGAGUGCUCCUGCCGCAGAAGUGGUGGGAACUACUGAUAGCAGUGGAAGUAGCAGACAGAAUUUCUGCGUGAGUGACUGUCGUCUCUUUACUGUUUGA